AUGGCAACCUCUCCAGACCAGACCAACCGAGUACAAGCUCUCUGGCUCACAUGCCUAGCCUCUGCAUUCCGUACAUGCCUUGCUUGCACCAUAGUGGCCCUCACCACCCUCUAUGCCCCACAAGCUCUCCAACGCCAAGUAGCCUUCCCAGCAUUCUCUUAUGUGACAGUGAUUCUCAUUGCGCCCGAUGCAACUCUGGGUAACACACUUUGUGGCUUAUGGCUGGGGCUCUACGCCACAGCCCAAACUAUCGGACCGGCCAUGUUGAGCUUGUGGCUAAUAGGCCCGGCCCGGCUUUCGAGCGGCAUCACCGCUCUGGCGGUGGGCCUUGCUGCAUUUGUGGUGGCUCUGCCAGAGUUUACUCACUUGGUGUGCAGGCGCAUCGCCUUGGGACAGAUUGUGAUUGUGUACGUAAUAGCUUAUAUAAAGGGUGGGGAGAUACAGGCCAUCAUGCACUCUGUCCACGUGGCAGCAAGUACAGGGAUUGGAGUCUUGGCCUGUGUUCUGGCUUUUUUGGUUCCCUUCCCACGCCUGGCUUCUCGAGAGGUUAAACAGAACGCAAAGCUACUUGGUGAGAAUGCUUCAGAGAGGCUCAAGCUCUUUGUGAAGGCCUUUUGUGCAGAAGACAGCACAUCCGCACUUGCAUCAAUUUCUCAAGCAAAGUCCCUGGCUGCUACGGCAACCAAGCUUUUCCAAACUAUCAAGCGCCACCAAGAAAGUAUGGAGUGGGAGAAACUUCCCUUGAAAUUUUCGAGAUACAAGUACGCAAAUCCAGGAGACAGAUUGCAAGGCUUUGAGAUACCCUUAAGAGGGAUGGAAAUGGCAUUGACCAGUACUCCUUCAUUCCCAAUUAAGGUGGUAAAUGGAGAGCACAAAGAUGGCCUACUUAGAGUAAACUUAAGCGCACCCUGUGAUUCAACAACUGUUCCUGAAUCAAAUGCAGAAAAUGUUAGGUUCCUCCAAACACUUAAAACCAUCCCACAAACCCAACAGGAUUUACCCCCAAUUUUCUUUCUGUUUUGCAUAAAGCUCUUUCAUGGAAAAUUAUCAGCCAAAAGUCCCACAGAGCAAGGCAAAUUAUUGGUUCACCAAAAUGAAGGAGCAAUCGAUUCACGUAAACAAAAUGGGUUCUGUUUCAAAGAGGUAUUGAGUAACUUGUCCAUCAAGGUAAGGAGCAAGAGGCUUAUGAUAGCUUUCAAAUGCUCACUUUCCUUGGGUCUAGCUGUGUUCUUUGGUUUGGUAUACAGCAAAGAAAAUGGUUUUUGGUCUGGACUUCCAGUAGCUAUCAGUUUUGCAUCAGCCAGAGAAGCAGCAUUCAAAGUUGCAAAUGUUAAAGCACAGGGGACUGUCUUAGGCACUGUGUAUGGAGUUUUGGGUUGCUUUCUGUUCCAAAGGUUCUUGUCCAUAAGACUCUUAUCCCUUAUUCCUUGGUUUAUUUUCACCAGUUUUCUCCAGCGUAGCCGAAUGUAUGGCCAGGCUGGUGGGAUUUCUGCAGUAAUUGGAGCUGUACUAAUUUUGGGCAGAGCAAAUUUUGGCCCUCCAAGUGAAUUUGCCAUAGCCAGAAUCACAGAGACCUUCAUUGGAUUAUCUUGUUCAAUUAUGGUUGACUUACUCUUGCAGCCCACAAGAGCUUCUACUCUUGCAAAAGCUCAACUUUCUAGGACUCUUGACACAUUGCAGGAGUGCAUUAACUCAGUGAGUCUUCAAUCAGGCAGAGCCCUUUUGGAAGAGAACCAGAAGAGACUGAAAAAUCAUGUUGAAGAAUUGGGGAAGUUGAUUGGAGAAGCUGAGGCAGAGCCCAAUUUCUGGUUUUGGCCUUUUCAUAGUGCUUGCUAUGGAAAGCUCUUGAGGUCCUUGUCUAAAAUGAUGGACCUCCUACUCUUUAGUGCUCAUGCAGUGGAAGUUCUCGAACAAAAUUCACAAAUGCUUGAGGCUUCGUGGAAGGACAUUGUACAUACAGUAGAAUGUGACCUUGAACUUUUCAAGAAAAUGGUUGGCUCUUUGAUAGAAUGCUUCAAGGAGAUCACCUUGAUAAAAUCAAUCACAGUUCUUGACCAAAAGAGUGACAUAGCUCAUGAUCUUGAGUUGGGGAAAUCUGGAAACCCAACCAUUUUUCGGAUUUGCGGUUUGAAGGAUGAAGAGAUGGAUACGAUUAUAAGUUCUUAUCUCCAACACUCAAAAGAAGUAGUUGAUAAGAUUCAUGUCCAAAGUGAGGAGCUCAAAAGUCAAAUGGUUUUAUGUUUGAGUGCUUUAGGGUUCUGCAUAAGUAGUAUAAUAAGAGAAACGAAAGAGAUUGAAGAGGAAAUCAAGGAACUUGCUCAAUGGGAGAAUCCCUCAAGCCACAUUAAUUUGUAUGAAAUCUCCUGGAAUCUUCUUAUCAAGACACCCUUUUGUCCAGUUGUACUGUACACGUGUCAGCACCCCAGAUGCGUGUUUGACUUCCAGAGAAGAUCUAAGAAUAUGGCAAACAAUUCCUCCAAUGGGGUGCACCAGACCACAACAAAGUCUCCUCCAUUGCCAUCCCCUUUGCGUUUUUCCAAGUUUUUUCAGUCCAAUAUGAGAAUUUUGGUUACUGGGGGAGCUGGAUUCAUUGGUUCUCACCUGGUUGACAGAUUAAUGGAAAAUGAAAAGAAUGAGGUUAUUGUUGUUGACAACUACUUCACUGGCUCCAAGGACAAUCUGAAAAAAUGGAUUGGUCAUCCCAGAUUUGAGCUAAUUCGUCAUGAUGUCACAGAGACAUUGUUGGUCGAAGUUGAUCAAAUUUACCAUCUUGCUUGCCCAGCUUCUCCAAUUUUCUAUAAAUACAAUCCUGUAAAGACGAUAAAAACAAAUGUAAUUGGCACGCUGAACAUGCUUGGACUUGCCAAGCGAGUUGGAGCAAGGAUUUUGCUGACAUCAACUUCAGAGGUAUAUGGAGAUCCUCUUGUGCAUCCACAACCUGAAAGCUAUUGGGGUAAUGUUAACCCAAUUGGAGUAAGGAGCUGCUAUGAUGAGGGGAAGCGUGUUGCUGAGACCUUGAUGUUCGACUAUCAUAGGCAGCAUGGGAUAGAAAUACGUAUUGCCAGAAUCUUCAACACGUAUGGCCCUCGCAUGAAUAUUGAUGAUGGGCGUGUAGUCAGCAAUUUUAUAGCCCAAGCACUUCGUGAUGAACCCUUGACAGUCCAAAAUCCUGGGACUCAAACUCGCAGUUUCUGUUAUGUCUCUGACAUGGUUGAUGGCCUCAUUCGUCUCAUGGAAGGAGAGCACACUGGACCCAUAAACAUUGGAAACCCAGGUGAAUUUACAAUGCUUGAACUUGCAGAGACAGUGAAGGAGCUCAUCAACCCUGGGGUGGAGAUAAAGAGGGUAGAGAACACUCCUGAUGAUCCAAGACAGCGGAAACCCGACAUCACAAAGGCAAAAGAAUUGCUGGGUUGGGAGCCAAAGAUCAAGUUACGGGAAGGCCUGCCUCUCAUGGAGGAGGAUUUCCGCUUGAGGCUGGGAGCAGCAAAAAAGAACUGA